CUUGGCUUCCCCGUCUGCUUCCCAUUCUCCUCCUCCUCCUCCACCGCCGCCGCCUCCUCCUUCCCGGGCGGGCCGGGGGCGGCAGAAGGCGCGAUGCUGCGGGCGGCGGGGCUGGCGGGGUUGCGGCGGCUGCUGCUGCUGCUGGCGGCGCUGGGCGGGCCGGGCGGGCUGUGCGGGGCUCCGGGCGAGACCUUCAGCUCCAUGCUCAGCAUCCGCCGGGCGCUGGGCACGGAACGGGCGCUGCUCCGCCACCUGCGCUCCUACCUGGAGGACGAGGCCAGCCGGCUGCGAGACCUGGACAGGUUCUACCAGAAGAUCCGGGUUUUGCAUCAAGGAUCGAGUGGCAAUAUGGCGAACCCGUUGAUGGCGUUUGCCCUGAUCAAGAGAUUACAGUCGGACUGGAGGAACGUAGUUUACAGCAUGGAAGGAAGUGAGAAUAUUCAAGCCCUGAAGGUCAGCUAUCACCACUUAGAAGACCACCUACCUGUCUUCGAGGACCUUGAAGGAGCAGCGCGGGCCCUCAUGCGACUUCAGGACGUCUAUGCUCUGAGCGUCCAAGAGUUGACCAGAGGCCGAUUUCGGACGGCGAGUGAGGCCCAUCCUGAUCUCUACCAUCCCAGCCGGGCCUUUGCCUUGUCUGCCGAUGACUGUUUCCACAUCGGGAAGGUGGCUUACGAUAAGGAGGACUUCUACCACUCCAUCCCGUGGAUGGAGGAAGCUGUCCGCCUCUUCCGGGUCUCCUACGGGAACUGGAACACCGAAGACGAAGGAAGCCUGGAAGAGGCCCUGGAUCAUUUGGCCUUCUCCUACUUCAUGGCAGGAAACAUUUCUCACGCCUUAAGGCUGUCCCAGGAAUUUCUCCACUACGAUCCGGGCAAUGAACGGAUGGCCAGGAACGUCCUGAAGUACGAGAAGCUCUUGAAGGAGAAUCAGGAGGAGGGCAAAGGAAGAAUCACGGUGCAGAGACCCAAUGUGACUCACCUGGAGACGCGAGAUGCCUAUGAAGAACUCUGCCAGAGGCUGGGCUCUCAGCCAACCCACCGUCGUCUCUCCUGCUCCUACGAGACCAACCGGAACCCUUGGCUGACCCUGCAGCCGCUGAAAAAGGAGACUUUGCACGCGCAGCCUGAGUUGGCCUUGUACCACGACUUUGUCAGCCCCUCCGAGGCGGAGAAGAUCAAGGCGCUGGCGGCUCCGGGCUUGCAGAGAUCAGUGGUGGCUUCAGGAGAGAAACAGGAACAAGUAGACUAUCGGAUCAGUCAGAGUGCUUGGCUGAAGGACAACCUGGAUCCCACGAUCGAGGCGUUGGGCCGACGGGCUGCGGCCUUAACAGGCUUGAAUAUCCGGCACCCUUACGCAGAAUACUUCCAGGUAGUCAACUACGGGUUGGGAGGCCACUACGAGCCCCACUUUGACCAUGCGACGUCGAGAAAAAGCCCCCUGUAUCGGAUGAAAUCCGGAAAUCGAAUAGCUACGUUGAUGAUCUAUCUGAGUUCGGUGGAAGCUGGCGGAUCUACGGCCUUUAUUUAUGCAAACCUGAGCGUGCCGGUUAUCAAGAACGCCGCUCUCUUCUGGUGGAACCUGCGGAAGAACGGGGAGGGGGACGAGGCUACCCUGCACGCCGGCUGCCCGGUCCUUGCUGGAGACAAGUGGGUGGCCAACAAGUGGUUCCACGAACACGGCCAGGAGUUCCACAGGCGCUGCGGCACCAACCCGGAAGAAUAGCGACCCCCCCCAAGGCGGCUCUGUGUGACGUGACAACGAAGAGGCUGGAUCUUGCAGCUGGGUCAGGGUGGGGGUGCAAAGAAAAUGGGAACAUCUGGCCCCACUGCAGAAGCCUCGACGCACCGGUUGUUGGAGCACCCAGGCUCCAGAUGUGUCCAAAUUUUAUUGAUUUAACCUUUGAGGAUGGACAGGUUGGGAAAAAAACGUUUGGGCUGCAAAGGAACAGCACACACUUGGGUGUGCAAGACAAUAGAAGUGUUCUUGCCACAACUGUUGCCCCAAAACGAAGUGCAAGAAGAGCCGGGCAGCUGUAGGGAUAUUAUGGGAUGUGUCCACGAAGGGCUGAAAGUGAGUAAAGAUAGCAUUUGAUUGAUGACCACAACGGAGCCCGGAACUUCCGUUGCUAAGCAAGACAGUUCUUAAGGGAGUCGUGUUCCCUUUUACGGCCUUUUUUUGCCACGGUUGUUCAGUGAGUCACCGCAGUUGCUAGGUGAAUCAUGAAGCGGGGGACUGUAGGGCCCUGGGGGCGUUUCUGAGCUGGGUUGUUUUCUUGCAGAUGUUUCAUGACCCAACGAGGGAACAUCAUCAGUGCAAACCUUCCUCCCUUCUAGCGUUGAUGACGUUACCUCGUUGGGUCAUGAAACGUCUGCAAGGAAACAGCCCAGCUCAGACAACAUAUCAGCCACCCAGCCCUCCUCUUCCUCUUCCUCCUCUCUGCAAACCCCACUCCCUUCUAGCACUGACGAUGUUUGGGGAAACGAAACAUCUGUAGGAAAAUUAGUGGGUCAACUUAUUUUAUUAUAUAUUGUUAUAUAUCAACUUAUUGUCAGUAAGAUAAUAAGGGGGUCAAACUAUUUUCCAAAGCACCCAAAACUAAGCUAAUCAAGGAGAGAGCAACUUAGAACUACGGAGAAACUUCCUAACAGCGAGGGCAAUUAACCAGUGGAACAGCCUGCCACUAGAAGUUGUGGGUUCUCCAACACUGUUUAUUAGUUUAUUUAGUUUAUUUAGACUUUUAUACCAACACUGGAGGUUUUAAUGAAGAGAAUGGACGGUCACUUGUCUGAAAUGGUCGAGGGUCUCCUGCUUGAGCAGGGGUUGGACUAGAAGGCCUCCAAGGUCCCUUACAGCUCUAUUCUGAUUGAUUGAUUGAAGCUCAGAAAGCAUCAAGGACCCCUCCAGUCAAGGGCUUCUCAACCGAAAAACCUUCAAGUUGUUCAGACUACAAUUAUUUUAUUAUAUAUUAUUUUAUUAAUUUAUUACAUGAUUCUCCCUUUGCUUAGUUUUAUUGUUUUUAUGUAGGGUUUCAUAAUCUUGUAAGCCGCCUUCAGUCAUCAUGUGUGAAUUGGCGCCAAUAUAAAUUUCCAAAUAAAACGAUUUCUCUGUCGGCACGUGCCGUGUUGCCCCAGCCCAACUCCGUCACAUUUCUCGCCACCUCACCAAUAAUGGAGACAGGGUCCCCUCCUCCUGGAGCCGAUUACAAUGCUGAGCCACAAUGCGACCCUCCAUCCUCGUCAUGGACUCGCUUCAGCCUCCCGGAUGUCAAGAGCUGCUGGUGUUGUGAUGCCCCGCCUCCCAGCUGGUGUUCGGCCGACCAGCUGAUCCGCGGGCUGCUCCUGGGAUUCCCACCACCCAGCACCAGUUCAUGGGUUCCUUCCACCCCACCCACCCCCAGGAGAAGGGAGAGAGGGAGGGAGGGGUGGGGAAGAGAGAGGGGGAGGGAGAGACAGACAGAAAUAGGCAGAGAGAGAGA